UCCUACCCUGGAACAACAUGGUGGUUGAAAAGCUGUGGAGGGAGAGUUUCCCAGAGGGAGUGGUAACAGAAACUGGGAGGACUUUGGCUUCAGCGCAGUGCCAGUGUUUGCCUUCACUACCUCAGAGGUCACGUUUCACAUUCAACAACGAGGUCAUGGCCACUCCCAGCGUCCUCCUGUCAGAGGUGCAGUUCCAGUGUUGGAUCUGUCAGGAUGUUUUCUCUGAUCCCGUCUCCAUCCCCUGCGGCCACAGCUUCUGCUUCACCUGCAUCACAUCGCACUGGGACCGCAGUCCUGCAGUCAGCUGUCCCAAAUGUCAGGCAGUCUUUGAGCGCCGCCCAGAGAUCUGCGAAAACUCCUUCGCCAAGGAGAUGUCCGAGCAGAUCCGAGCCAGAAGGCAGAAUGGCGUGAUGACACUGAUAGAUACAUUCAUAUGUUGUGAUGUGUGUGUGGGAAAGCAAACAAAGGCCAUAAAGUCCUGCCUUGUGUGUCUGACCUCGUAUUGUGAGAGUCACCUGGAGCCUCACCGGAGAGUUUCCACCUUGAAGACUCACAAGCUCAUUGAACCCGUGGCAACGCUGGAGAACCGGAUGUGUAAAAAGCACCAGAGGCUCCUGGAGCUGUUCUGCAGGAGCGACCAGAGGUGUGUGUGCGUCCUCUGCACCGAGACGGAUCACCGCUGUCACGACACCGUCCCAGUGGAGCGGGAGAGUCAGGGGAAGAAGGCUCAGAUGAGAAGCAUCGAAGCUGAUGUUCAGCAGAAGAUCCAGGAGAGAGUGCAGAAAGUGGAGGAGAUCAAACAAUCUGUGGAGCUCAGCAAAGAAAACUUGAGGAGGGACAUUCUGUUGAGCAUGGAGGUUUACUCCACCCUGCUCCGUUCUCUGGAGCGUCGUCAGGCGGAGCUGCUGGAGACGCUCCAGAGGAAGCAGGCAGCGGCGGAGCAGAGGGCGGAGAGGCUCCUCACAGAGCUGCAGCUGGAGAUCACACAGCUGGAGAGGAAGAGGAGCGAGGUGGAGCAGCUUUCUCACAGUGAGGACCACCUACACAUCCUGCAGAGGUUUCCAGCUCUGAGUUCGCCUACAUCUUCUAAAGCCUGCUCUGACAUCGUUGUCCAUUCACACACAUGUUUGGGGACUGUGAGGAGAGCGGUGGCUGACAUUGAACUGCAGCUUCAGUCCGCUCUGAAAAAGCUUUCCUUUCAAGAGCAUGAGAAGAUGCAGCAGUAUGCAGUUGAUGUUCUUCUGGAUCCCAGGACAGCCAACCCGUGGCUGCUUCUGUCAGAGGACGGGAGACAGAUCUGGGAUGGAGAUGUUGAACAGAACCUGGAGGACACACCAGAGCGUUUCGACACGGCGCCAUGUGUCCUCGCCACCAGGGGUUUCUCCGCAGGGAGGCACUACUGGGAGGUAGAAGUGGGGGACAAGACAGCGUGGGACUUGGGGGUGGCCCGACAGUCGGUCAGCAGGAAGGGGCUGGUCACCCUGAGCCCAGAGGACGGGUACUGGACCAUCUGUCUGAGGAAGGGCAGUGAGUACCGGGCGUGUGCGGGACAGGCGGAGCUGCUGAGUCUCUCUCAGAGGCCGCAGGUGGUGGGGGUGUUUCUGGAUCACGAGGAGGGGACCGUGGCCUUCUAUGAUGCAGAGGCCAAGUCACACAUCUAUUCCUUCACACAGUUCCAGUUCACAGAGGCCAUGUUUCCCUUUUUGAACCCUGACAUGUGUGACAGCGGCAGCAACAAAUCUCCACUCAUCAUCCGCCCUGUCAGUGCAGUCAAUGGAGCGGGGGAAUUAGAUGUCAUGACAACAGGAGCUUUCUUUGUGUCUGAGUGGACAGUGAUGUCAACAGUGAUGGAUGAAACAGCCACGGAUCUCCCAGUCAGGGAUGUAGGACUGAUGAGGGGGGGACUGAUGCCAACUGUCCCAGAUACACUACGUGAUGUGAAGACAUGGAAGAAGCAUCAUGUCACGAAGACAAAAGAUCCUCAGCGCCUGUUUCGGUUUCCCAGAGAGCACCUGGAGGACCUGUGUCUCAGACUGCAGGAGGAAAACAGCGUGCUCAGACAACACACACGGACACAGGAGCAGAGGCUGCGCAGGAUGUCCACCAGACUGACACGUCUCCGUCAGGCCCGUCCUGGGUCCACUGGUGUGAAGGAGAAGGACAUGGAGGAGACCAUACAGGAGCUGGAGGCCCGAGUGGCCAUGCUGGAGAGCCAGAAAGGAGUUCUGCAGAACAAACUGAGCCUGGCCAAGCAGCACAUCAUGGACCUCGGGGGACGCACGCCAUACAAGUACAGCAAAGGUAAACUGAUGGAGAUAGAGGGUGGAGUCAGGAGGGCAGCACAGACCGCCCCGGCCCGCUACGGCCCCUCGCUGGAAGACACCCGGGCGGAGAUGGAGAGAUUCAGGUGCAGUGUGACGGAGCAGGUGAGGGCGGCAGAGCUGGAGCUCACUGCCCAGGCGCUCAGAGACACGCUGAGGGGCAAAGAGAGGGAGAUAGAGGACACUGUGAGGGACAUGAGGAAGAAACAGGCUGACAGACACAGAAUAACUAUAAGAGAUAAUGUGGAUCAGAUCCGUCUACAAAAGCAGCUUUCUGACAAGAGCACCGCCCUGAGAGUCACCCAGGAGAAGUUCAACGACCUGCAAGAGGAAUAUGAGAACCAGCUGGAGGAGACUCAGAGGUCGCUGGGGGAGAGUCAGGGCGCUCUGCUGGUGAAGGUGGAGCAGCUGACUGAGCAUCUGAAGCAGGAGAGACAGAGAGUCCUGCAGCUGGAGGGACAACUCAGCACCACCAGCCUGUCUCUUCAUACCGUGGACAAGCUACAGGAGCAGAUUUCAGACCUGGAGGGAGAGCGGGAUCUAAUAAAGGAAAACUAUGACACUCUACUAGAUAGUACUUUAUCUGAGCAAAGCCACCACGAUGGUACGGUGGAACAGCAUAGAGAGGUGAACCAGAGGAGGGGGGAACGGGGAGAAAACAUCGGCAGCAUGGACACCCAGAGACUGGAGGAACUGCUGCGGGAGGAGAGGGGGGAGAGAAGCAGGCUGGAGCUGGAGAAGGACAAACUGAGGCGAGAGAAGGAGAUAUUAGAGGAGAGGAGGGAGCGAGAGAGAGAGUUCUCUGGGACGAGCGAUAAAGAUGGGCGUCUGGAACAAGAGGUUCUGCAGUACAGGGAGCAGAUUUCUGUUCUGCAGGACAAACUGGACUCCGUCAGCAAGGUGUUUGACAUGAGUGUUGAGGAUCUCAGUGACACUCUUUUACAGAUCAAGGCAUUCAGGAUGCAGCAGGAGAGCAGGGCGGGGCUACAUUUCCUCUGGGCUGACGGGCAGGUGGAGGAUUCGCCUCGUGAGCUGGCAAACAUCCAGGCUGUACAUGCUGAGACUGUGCUGGAGUUACAGAAAACCCGAAACCUUCUCCUGCUGGAGCACCGCAUCAGUAAAGACCUGCAGGAAGAGCUGAAAACAGUUAUCCAGAAGCUGGGGAAUGAGAGGGAGGAGAUGAGGAGGAGGAUGACAGAGAAAAACAAACUUUUAUCCAAAAAAGCUCUUCAGAUCAACGCUUUACAAGCUCAGUUGAAAGGGUUAGCAUACAGCCCCAGAAACUACAAACGGACCGUACCACUACAGUACACCUGGCCAGCCGGAAACCAGGAGUUGGUACAGCCCAUUGAUGAAGACCUGUCUCAUUCUCAGAUGAUGCCUGGGGAGUCACUGUUGGAGAUCCACCUUAAGGCCGCCACCUUCACCCCAGCAGGGCUUCGUACCCUCGGCAGCGUCUGCGGGGAAGACAUCGUGACCUUCUGCACCUACAGCCUGUUGGACUUUGAGGUGCACUCCACCCCUCUGGUGUCAGGCUGCCAACCCGAGUACGGCUUCACGUCCCGCUACGCUCUGACAGCCCGAGAUCUGGGCAGGCUGGGGGGUCAGGGGUCAAGGGUCAGAGUGGAGCUCCACCAGGGGCUAGGAGGGGUCCGGUUUGUGACACAUGGAAGCGGGCAGAUGUCCCUCAUGGCUGCCAUGGAAAGAAGAGGGGAGUGCAUUGUUGGACGUGUCAAUAUCACAGACUCCGAUGGUGCGUUUGUUGGUGUUGUGGAUUUCUGGGUGCGCCUGUUUGAUCCUGCAGAGCCUGAGAGAGCCUCUGAGAGGAGGACCACGGCACAGAGGGGUCCGGGGCUCGUCUCUCUGGGCUGGCAGGAUGCUGGUCAUCAGGAGUUAUAUGACUACGGUGGAGGGAUCCCCAAUGAGUUGGUGGUUGUCGUGGAUAGCUGUGUGGGCCUUAACUCCCGCUGGCCUGGUCUCCUCCCUGAUGCCUACCUGACGUACAGGUUCUACGACCUGCCGCCUCACGUCUCUCCAACAGUCCGCUCCUCUGCUGACCCGGUGUUCAGCGACUCCACCAGCUACCCACUGGCAGUAUCAGCUGAUGUGCUGCACUACCUGAGGUCCAGCAGUUUGUGGUUGUAUGUGUUUGAUGACAGCGAUGACCAGAUACCCCCUGCCUACCUGGCCAAGACCCCCAUACCACUGCGAACCCUCGCUACAGGCAGGGAGAUCAGAGGUGACUUUGUUCUGAGGGAUCCAGCAGGUGGGCCUCGGGGAAUGGUCAGGGUCUUGAUAAAAUGGAAGUUCCCUUACCAACCAUCUGCAGACACUGUGCCGAGCAGACAGGACAGAGGAAUGGAGAGCACUGAGAGGGAGGAGAGGGGCAGAGAGGAGGCUGAAGCGUCAGAGAGGCCUGUGGCCAAGCCCAGAAAUCAGCUACUCGAGGAAGGGGACACUAAAGCAGUGCAAAAAGAGCCUAAAGCUUUGGCUCGCCCUCUACCCGUGAAACAGAAAAGCUCACAGAGUAUACAGCUACAGCAACCAAUCUCUGUGAAACCACUGGACACAGGCAGGAAGAGAUCCACCAAGAGGUCACCUGACCUUUACCACGACACACCACAUCUGACGCCUGAGCCACGCCCAACUACGCCCUCCCCUUUGGCAACAAGGAAAUCUUCACCCACCACACCAUCGAAGAAAAGCUCUGCCAGUGAUGCUAGGACUCAGGACCUUCUCUCUGUGGAUCAUGUGUCCAUGGAUGAAGAGGAGAAGGAAGAGGAGAGGAGUGAGAGUGCUGCUAAAGGAGACAGUGAAGCCCCAGAUUCUUCAGAGUCAAGCUCCUCAACAAGCGACAUUAUCAUCAUUCCACCACAAAGACAAAUUAGGAAGGGAGACAAGCUGAGAGUGGAGAUUCUGUCCCUGUCGUUUGAGCCGUCCUCACACGUGGUGAAGGACAAGUCAGUGCAGCGUGUUUAUGUGGAGUACCGCCUGCUGGGCGUCCCCAUGGAGACGACAGAAACACCCAUGUCCCUCCGCAAACCCAGAAAGGGAGAGGAGGUUCACUACAACUUCACACGAGUGAUUUAUGUGGAUGGUUCACAGUCAGCUCCACUCAGGCAGUAUCUCUACACCAUGUUGGAGGGCACUGACCCCAACCAGGGCAGGUUAAAGUUCACAGUAGUCAGUGAGCCGAUGGAUGAUGAAGACGAGUGUGUGGACGUCGGACAUGCUUUCCUGGACCUAAAGGAGCUGCUCCUUACUGGAAAUGAUGUAAACGAACAAGAAAUUGAAGUUGUGAGUCUGGAUGAAGACAAAGAGGUGAUAGGAAAUCUGAAAGUGUCUCUGGAAGCAGCGAAAGCUCUGAGUGGGAUAUACCAGGAGUUUCACAAGAAAAUAGACACCAAGAAAGAAGAUGACACUGAUGAUGAAGAGAAGCAGGAGGAAGAGAAGAAAAAAGAUGACAUUUUGAUAGAGUAUGAUGAUGAUAGUGACUUCUGAAAGCAGUUAGUAUGAGAUUAACAGCGAGGUUGUGUUUUGUAUGAAUGUGUUUUAUUAAAUUAUUUUAAGCAUGUUCUUCAACACUUCCCAAAACUUUUUUUUUAAUACAUAAUUCAAGAUUCUUAAUCAGAUCUACACUCAUUGGUAAACAUAGUGAAAUUAUUUUAGACUUAUACAAAUUCAACUUUCA